AUGGAUGAAAAGGCCGAUCUUCCGCCCUACAGCGCUGUGUCGCUGCCUCCGCCUGCCUCUGCCGCUGCCCAUGGCUGCCGACUCCGCGGCCGCCGGGCCAUGCGCCGAUCCCGCGGCGUGCGACUGUUCGCCCUGGCCUGCCUCGCCUUUCUAGCGUUUGCGCAAUGGAAGCAGAUGCAGCCGAGUGCCGAGCUCAAGCUGUCGCUGAAGAAGCUCAACGAUGACCUCGCGACGUGCAAGAAGCUCCGAACCAAGCCCCAAGACCCAUCGGGCCUCGGCCGCGACAAGAAUGCUCGCUACAUUGACGGCGGAAAGCCGACUUUGAUCAAGAACGCUACUAUUUGGGUCGGCGAACCUGUCGAGGGCACAAGUGAGGAAGAUGCGAGAGCUGGCAAAGGCUGGGAGUGGAUCUCCGGAGACGUCUUCCUGGAGCAUGGGCUGAUCAAGAGAGUCGAGACCAACAUUCCGUCCGACUCGCUGAGCGACGAGACAAUCAUCUAUGAUGCCGGAGGCCGACAGUUGACAAGCGGAAUCAUUGAUAUGCACAGCCAUGCCGGCGUCUAUCCAUUGCCAACACUUGACGGUAAUUCCGACGGCAACGAGAUGUCCGACGAUAUCACGCCAUGGGCCCGUUCAAUUGACGCCAUCUACCCCUUCGACACACAAAUUCAAGUCAUCAAGUCUGGCGGUGUAACGACCUCGCUUGUUUUGCCCGGUUCUGGAAAUAACAUUGGCGGCGAGGCUUACAUCAUCAAACAUACGGUUGGCAAACCUGAUGGGCGCAAGGAGAUCAGUGCCGAGGACAUGCUCGCAGACCCUGAUCGCAAUUGGCGUUACAUGAAGAUGGCUUGUGGUGAGAAUGCGAAGCGCGUCUACGGCCGGGUUGGCAGGGGCCCAUUCAGCCGUAUGGGCGAAAGCUACGCGUUCCGCCACGCAUUUGAGCAGGCCCAGGAGCUGGUACAGAAGCAGGAUGAUUGGUGUGAUAGAGCAGAGGCUAUCGGUAUUGAAGCCAUGGAUGAAUACCUGCCCCAGGUGAUUGCUUGGGAGACUUUGGCUGCUGCUUUACGUGGGAAAGUCCACAUCAACACGCAUUGCUACACAGUCCCGGAUCUUGAGGCCAUGGUUGACCACACUAAUGAGUUCAAAUUCCCCGUUCGAGCAUUCCAUCAUGCUCAUCAGACAUAUCUUGUACCAGAGAUUCUUAAGAGAACGUGGGGCGGCCGCCCACCUGCGUCUGCUCUCUUCGCCGAUAACAUGUACUACAAGACCGAGUCCUACAUCGGCUCUGAGUACGCUGGCAAGAUUCUCUACGAAAACAAUCUCACUGCCGUCUAUGUCAGCGACAACCCCGUUCUGAACGCCCAGCACGUUCUGUUCGAGGCUGCCAAGGCGUACCACUAUGGCCUGCCCUACCAUGCAGCGCUCUCCGGCGUGACCUCCGCGCCAGCAGACCUGCUUGGCAUGGGUAAGAGACUGGGCAAGGUGAAACCGGGAUUCGAUGCCGAUAUUGCUGUGUGGGACAGCGAUCCCCUGAGCGUAGGUGCGACUCCUGUGCAGGUUUGGAUCGAUGGCAAGGCUCAAUUUGAGGACCCAAUCGAGCUUUCGAAGCCAUUGGGAGCCCCGAUGACACCUGACAAGUCCCUUGGCGAGGUGGUGGUUGAAGAACCCACCAUGAUGGCCGACGUGCUCUUUAGCGGAGUUGCCAAGGUCCUACUCUCCGAUAACAGCAACUACGAAUCUAACGGGGAAUUAUUCAACGUUGUCGUCUCUAAUGGAAAGGUCGCUUGUAUUGGUACAUGUGACGCAGAGUUCAAGGCCGGCACUGUCUCCGGUGCGAAGAUCGUCGCUCUGGAGCAUGGCUAUCUCUUCCCUGCUCUUACCGGCGUUGCUGGUACCCUUGGAUUGAACGCGAUUGAUGCGGAAUCCACGACUGACAAUGGCGCCAGUCUCGGCGUCUUCUCCCGGGCCAUUGAUGGACUGAUGCUUGACACAAAGAAGCUCCACGUUGCAUCCAGGUAUGGUGUGACCAGGGCGAUUUCUGCGCCCACCUUUUCCGGAGGGGCUACGCACUAUGGCACCAGUGUAGGCUUUGUGACAUCCGCCUUGACAAGCCUAGAGGAGGGCGCUGUGUUUGCUUCGGAUCUGGCUGUGCACUAUACCCUUGACGUGAACGUCAGGGCCGUGAGCAGUUACUCCGUGGCAUUUGGAGCCCUCAGGACGAAGCUGCUCAACGCUGCAACAUCCACGGAGCCCGUCAUGGAUCCUUUCUCUGAGCAGGCAUACUUGAAGAAGGUUCUCAACGGAGAACGAGUGCUCGCGCUUACCAUUAAUGGGGCUGACGGAAUCGCCACUGCGCUGAAGAUCAAGUCACAGAUUGAAGAUGUGAUGUUGACCACUACAAACACAGUCGCUAGGAUAAAGAUGGCCAUCCUUGGAGGCGCCGAGGCGCACCUGGUAGCCUCGGAGCUGGCUGAAGCCUCUGUUGGCGUUAUCCUUUCACCUUUGCAGUCAAUGGGCGAUAGCUGGGAUUCGCUCCGUGCGUUGUCCGGCGCACCGCUGACCAACGGCACCACCAUCGACCUGCUGAUCGACGCUGGUGUCGUGACGGCGAUUGGACUCAAGGAAGACUGGGAGGUUCGUGACCUCGGAUUCGCGGCGGGCACGGCGUUCAAGAACGGCGACGGGCGGCUGAGCGAGAAGGCGGCGCUCGAUCUCGUGAGCACCAACAUCUACCGGAUCCUUGGAGUGAAUGUCGGCCAGAUCGCGGAUACCGACCACUUUAUUGUCAGCGAGGGUAGCCCGUUGGAGAUUGGUUACCGUAUCAAGGCUGUUGGGUCCGGUAAGGACAAGGUUGCCGUGUUUGUCUAG